GCCAAGAUCCACUACCUGCGUUGCUAGGAUACAACAAACUACGCCGCCAUUCUUGUCGCGCUUUGUUGGACAAAGUAAGGCGCUGAUAAUAAGUCCAAGCUUUUGUCCAAUUUGUUUGGGGUUCUGCCUGCCUUCGGUGAGUACACCGUGAAAAUCGCUAAAAAUGGAGAUCGUCCACGUUUACACGAAGCUCCGUAGCGAGUUUGGCGGUCAGUGUUUCUUUUCUGACCGGUCUGAAGAACGACUGGUGGACAUUCCCCCGGAUCCUAAACUGACCCUGCAGUUUAUCCAGAAAACUCACAGAGACCUGGCCGGACAGGCCUGCCGAGAGAUGUCCGAGCACCAGGUUAACACAAAGCGCUUUGAAUCCAACAGCUGUGGGAUAAACCACGUAGAGGGGGGAUGGCCCAAAGAUAUUAACCCAGAUGAGAUGGAGCAAACAAUCCGCUUCAGGAAGAAGGUGGAAAAGGAUGAAGGCUACCUUAACAGCAUCAUGCAGCUGGGCAGUGUCAUGGAGCACUGCAUCAAGCAGAACAAUGCCAUAGAUAUCUACCAGCAGUACUUUGAUGAUGAGGAGGAGGUUGAGGAAAGUCAGGAGACGCCAUCUGCCAAGACCAUCAAUGUCUUCAGAGAUCCAAAUGAGUUGAAACGUAGUGUCACUGGCUUGUCAUGGCAUCCUGAUGGAGGCAGGAAGCUGGCUGCUGCUUACUCCUGCCUUGAGUUCCAGAAAACUUCCAAAGACAUGAGACUGGACUCCUAUAUCUGGGAUGUUGAGAACCCCAACCGUCCGGAGAUGACUCUGAAACCUGCGUCUCCACUCAUUUGUCUGGACUACAACCCAAAAGACUCCCACACUCUUGUGGGAGGCAGCUACAAUGGACAGAUUGCUUACUGGGACACCCGAAGAGGCAGCCAGCCUGUGGAGUAUUCCUCUGUGGAGCAUAGUCACAGAGACCCAGUCUACAAGAUCAUCUGGCUGCAGUCCAAGACCGGAACGGAUGCCUUUUCUGCCUCCACUGAUGGACAGGUUCUGUGGUGGGAUGUCCGCAAGCUGAGUGAGCCCACAGAGCGUCUGGUCCUUGACCCAGGCCGGGAGGGUAACUUGGACCGAGCAUUAGGAGCCAUCUCCCUGGAGUUUGAGGCCACUAUGCCAACUAAGUUCAUGGUGGGAACAGAGCAGGGCCUGGUAGUUUCCUGUAACAGGAAGGCGAAGACCCCAGCUGAGAAGAUUGUUUGUACAUAUGACGGCCACCACGGACCCAUCUAUGCCCUCCAAAGGAAUCCAUUCUUCCCCAAAAACUUCCUCACUGUGGGGGACUGGACAGCUCGCAUCUGGUCUGAGGAUAUCAAGGAAUCAUCCAUCAUGUGGACCAAGUAUCAGAUGUCUUGCCUGAUGGAUGCCUGCUGGAGUCCAGUAAGACCCUCUGUCUUCUUCACAGUGAAGAUGGAUGGUAUGCUAGAUGUCUGGGACAUCUUGUUCAAACAGAGUGACCCUGCACUGAGUCUCAAGGUGUGUGACAAGGCUCUGUACAGCCUCCGUGUUCAGGAUAAUGGCCAUCUGGUAGCAUGCGGUUCUCAGCAGGGUGAAGCUACAUUGCUAGAGAUCUCCUCUGGAUUGUCAACCCUGCAGAAGAAUGAGAAGAGUCUACUGGCUGCUAUGUUUGAGCGUGAGACAAAGAGGGAGAAGAUCCUGGAAGCCCGACAGAGGGAGCUCCGUCUGAAAGAGAGGAGUCGCUCGGAGCAAAGCAAAGAAGAGGAGGCCGGGCGGGAAGAAGGAGAGGAGGACCUCGAACAGCUCAUUGCCAGAGCUGAGAGUGAUUUCUACAACAUAGUUGAGAUGGAGAUGAGGAGGAGGGAGAAGAGGGAGGAAGCACUGCAGGAAAAAGAUGUCUGUGAAGAAAAAGAAGUGAAGAAUAGAGCAAAGACUGGUGAUGACACUGGUGAAACUGGAGCAUCAUAGUCAUUGCAAACAUGGUUCUAUUCAUCACUUUCAUUUUUUGUGUUCUGUUUGAAUGGUUUUACACCUUCCUGCUAUUUCCAGGCUGGUCAUUCAUUAGUGUUCACAUUUUGCACAUAUCAGAACCCAUAUGUUGCAUUUGGUUGUAAUGGGUGAAGAUAUUAAAUUGUCAGAUGAGAUCUAAACAUUUUUCUCUGCUCCGUUUGC